CAUCCGGAACUAAGCUCUUUACAAUGUUAUGCACCAGCCGAGGCUAUCUGCGCUGCACACAACGAAGUGUCAAAUAAUAGUGCUGCUGGUUUGGGGGAAUCUUACAGAGGGCUGACUGAAUAUCAAAGAAGUUACACUGUGACUUUGUACCAUGGUGAAACGCAGUGCUGCUUUUCAAAGGACUAUCCACUCUUGAUGGCAACCUUCAUGUGCGGGAUACUGUCACGUGGUGAAACAUUGUGUAAUAAAACUAGUGGAGAAAGAAUGUGGCCUUCUACACUUCGUGAACUUUGAAAUUUUAUGCAUUCAACACACUCAUAAAAUAUUAGAAAACAAAACGAGAUGUUCAUUGAACAGCAUUUGUAUGAAGCAUCUUCCUCGUUUUCCUAGUUUAAAAGACUAUAUACAUGUAAUUAAAGUAUGUCUCUUUCAGAAAGCAAAGGAUUAAUUUUGGGGGUGCUUGCUGGUGCUGCUGGAAUAAGUGUUGCCCUAUUGUGGUGGAAGAAACAUGGAAAAUCUCACUACUUUCAACACAUUCCUGGUCUUUGGUCUACCUCUAAUGGUCAUGGCUUUGUUCAGGACCACCAAGGGAAGGUGGUGGUUUUACAAGGUAGCCAGCUUCAGAUCCUGGAAAAAUUUGGAGAAUUGUUGAAAAGUGUGGAAGAGCUCAAGCGGGAGGUAAAAGUUUUAAAAGAAACCAUUCCUAAACUAGAAGAACAAAUAAGAGACGAGAUUAGAGGGAAAAAUGAUGGACGACGGGUUAGCCCACAACAUAAAGGUCUCAAAAGAAAGAAAAGUGAGACAGCCAAAGAACCAGAGGAAUACCCUAGCUCAGAGGAAGCCGAGAGUGAAGGAGGAUACUUGACAGCUCACGACACAGAAUCAGAGGAUGAGAAACUUGCUGACGGUUCCAAGACCAAAAAAGAGGCAGCUAAAAUACGUUAUGUUCUCAAGGAAGCAGAUAAAAAACAUUCUGGCUCUGAAUCAGAAAAGCAGGAAGGAUUCAGAAUGUUGCUUACCAACAAGGAAAAGUUUGAAAAUCAUGUUGAAUUUCUUUGGAGACUAGCACGGGCAUAUAGUGACGUGUAUUAUAUUGAAAGCGACUAUGAAGAAAAGAAGAAUUACGCAUCUGAGGGGAAGAUUGUUGCUGAAAGAGCUAUUGAAUUAAAUGAUUCUAGUGCGGAGAGCCACAGAUGGUUUGCUAUCAUGUGUGGAUACAUGUCUGAGUAUGAUAAUGUGCAGAAUAAAAUAAAGAAUGGCUAUCUCUUCAAGGAACAUCUAGAUAAAGCAAUAGAAUUAAAUCCACAGGACCCUCUCCAGUACUACCUGUUGGGUAGAUGGUGCUAUGAGGUUUCCCGGUUAUCCUGGAUUGAAAGAAAAGUGGCUGCUACCCUGUUUGGGAAUCCACCAACUGCAACAGUACAAGAUGCCUUGAAUUAUUUUCUGAAGGCUGAAGAAAUGCAUCCUGGGUACUCGAAGUACAACUAUGUGUUCUUGGCAAAGUGUUACAAAGAUCUGGGACAGAAAACUAAAGCUUUGAAGUAUUGCAAUGAUGCAUCGGCUAUUGCAUCUGUAACUAAAGAGGAUAAAGAUGCCCAGAAAGAUUUGGAAGUCUUGAUUGCAUCCAUUAGUCCCUGAAGCACUUAUGAAUGCUUUCCAAUACAUUAAGAAUACAUUCCGAGAAAAGAACCCAACACCUGGAAUUAAAUGAAUUGUAUACACUGUGAUUAAAUAUUUACACAAAGCCCUUUACAGACUUCAGUUCACUUUCAUAAUGUCACCAAACUGAUAAAAUUUCAGAGUAAAUCAUUAUUAAGGAACUUUCAGAUAUAAUUCCCACAUGUUCCAGGAUUGACUGGAUUGCUUCUGUAUUUUAUUGAAUAAACAGUGACUAACAAUGUGAACAUGGUAUGGGGCAUUUUUUAAAUGUGAUCUUUGCAUGAUUUCAAUAUUACCUCCAUAACUUUUAAAUAAGUGUGUAUAUAAAAGUGUAUUUUAGCUGAAAGAAUAAUGUACUAUAUUAGCAAUAAUUACAGAGCUGGUAAUGGUUGCAACAAUAAAAAUAUUUUGAUCUAAA